AUGGUCGGAGACCCGGCCUACCCGAGCUCCGCGGCGGGCCCUGAAGCGGACGUGGAGGUGGUCGGCGAUCCUGCCGUCGAGGAGAGAGAGUGGCGACUCCGGAAGGCGGCGGCGGGCGGUCGGAUACCGCGCGGGACGAUGGACAUCGGUGGAGCGGAACUCCCGAGAAGCCACUCGGAGGAUGUCUGUCGGGCCACCGAGGAGACUCGGAAACGGUUCCGAGACCGGGAGCCGUCGGACGAGGAGCAGCAGCGGCGGCGACGGUGGAGCACCGUUGGCCACGCCGCCGUGGAGGCCGGUCCGGCCACCCACGCCGCGAUAUAUCGAGCCACAGCGGCCGGAGGGGCACACGCCAAGCGAAGAGGCGACCGCGCAGCCGAUGCCACAACCAUAGGAGGAGGAAGUCCACCAGGCACGGGCGGAGGAGCCGUCGGUGGUGCGGACGGAGGUGCCGGCCGCGCACGUGAGCCACAGCACACGGGCGUUCGUGGCCGAGGGCGUGCGGUGGCGGCAGCAGACGCUGGUAUGGACGUGGCCCGAGGGGCCCGCGACAGGACCGACGAAGGAGGAGCCCAGGAUAUGGGAGGAGGGGGUACCCAAGGUCAACCCUCGGGACCCCCGGACGAGAGGCCGACAGGAUGCGUGGGUCCCGCGGACACCAAGCACGGGCCCGCCAACACCGGCGACGACGGCAACGACGGGGGAGGCAGAGUCGCUGGAGAAGGGACCGUGGGUGUGGCCCGAGCCACCGGCCACCCAAAGACCUCCCUUGCAGCGGCAAGCUUCGACGCCCGGAUCGACGCGCCCGCGGCCGCAGUUCAUGCGGCAAGUGUCGGCCCCGGAAGAAGGCGGUUGGCGCGAGGUUGCCAGGAGCGAGUGGCCGGAGGGGAUUGA